CCGCCCCGUCAACUCUAAAUGCCCUCGCUUUUUUAACACAUUUACAUUUAUGCCAUUUUUGUUAUGCUGGCUGACGUGUAUCGGGAGACUCCGAUCGACGCCGUCUCCUUCCGUUUCUCGUCUCCGGCCUGGCCGCCGCUAACCUUCCCGACGAUCGAACUUUAAUUCCGAGGACCAGAACCGAUCCAGUGAUAUCGGAUCCGAUGCCUAGUCCGAUGAAUCGGAAGGGAAGAUUGGCCGAGAAAGCGAUGUCGUUUAGCGGGCAGAGCGGAGCCAGCGCCGCCGUACUGCUUCAGAGGCCGAGGACGGUGCCGGACUUACUCUCCGGCCGUAAAAUUCCUUCCUCCGCCUGUUCGUCGCCGGAUCUCCCGCCGAAGCUCACGAAGCUGCUGGUGAAUGUGACGGUACAGCGGAGCGCCGGCCCCUUGCACGUGUUGAUUUCGCCGGAUUCAACGGUAGAGGACCUCAUCGCCGCCGCUCUCCGGCAGUACGCGAAGGAAGGACGGCGGCCGGUGCUUCCCUCUACCAGCGCCGCCUAUUACGGGCUUCAUUACUCACAAUUUAGUUUAGAGAGUUUGGAGAGGGGAGAAAGGCUGACGGCGUUGGGAUCAAGGAACUUCUUCUUGUGCCCGACGGAAUUGGAAGCCGCCGCCGCCGCAGGGAAGAUGGCCGUCGGCGGCGAAACGUCGUUAUCCGGCAGCUGUUCAAAGGAAGUUGACAAGCCAACGACAAAGAAUCGGUUACAGUGGUUCAAGUUCACGCUGUGAAUUGAAUUGAAGAAGAAGAAAGAAGAAGGAAGAGGCAAAGCCUCAUGUGCAGGGAGCAUAUACUAAUGGAUAUGGUAUUAUUGUAUAUAGAUUGAUUAGUGUCAAUAAAUUGUUUCCCUUAAUCAUCAUUUCAUACUCUUUGAAAUUGAGCCCUUAAUUAUGUCUCAUCCAAAAUAUACUCUACUAUUUGAACCUCUCCGAGUAUGUGUUUGUUCACUUUAUUUUUUUUGUAAUGAACCAAUUGAAUCACGUACGGUGUCCCGUUUGUAAAUUGAGACACCUACGGUGUUUCGUUUGGCACUCCUCUCAGUGCAUUUGCCAAGGAUGAAACUCGGGU